AUUACUUGAAGUCCCGCAUAUUGUACUCCAUAUCACCUAUAGGGGGCGGUCGUAUUGGGGCCCAAUAAGUGCAACAAGUAGGACGCUUUUAGUACUCCGUGUCCCUAGGGGGCGGUCAUGCGUCCCGCUUGCAGUACUCCAUACCACCUAUAGGGGGCGGUCGUGCUGCGGGCGCUUCUUCCUCGAGCCUCCCAGCGGUAAAGCGGCGACCAAUCACCGCACGCGAACCCGUCGCCAACAUGAAGGCAUACAGGGGAGCCUGCUCGUAGCUUCCUUUGAAGCAAAUGAAUUAAACUCGUCUUUCCAUGAAAGUGAACUCCCGUACUGGACACAAAUAGAUGCGACACCGAAUAAAUAUUUUGGUCCUGCAGAAUGUCCAAGAUCAGGCGGAAGGUAACAGUGGAGAAUUCUAAGACCAUAUCCGACAGCAGCAGCACCGCCAGCAGCAGCGCCGCCAGCGCCAACCCCGCCGCCGCCUCCCGUCGACCCAGCGUAUUCGAGAGACUCGGGCCAAGCACUGGGAGUAAUGCUGUUGAUGUGGCAGAGAGACUUUGGGAGAAAGUUCCACCAUUAGAGGCAUUAGAGAGUCAAUGUAGGAACUGGUUGAAGACUGGGAACUGCAGCUACGGUACCACGUGCCGCUACACACAUGGCCCCCAGCAGCGAGGCAAAGGAUUCAGUUUCAGCCGGUCAGCAGAGAGGCCCCCCGGUGACCUGCGGGAGAGAAUGAAGAAUAAGAGACAGGAUGCUGACUCAGAGAAGAGAGACUUAGAAGAGCCCACAUCGCCCCCCACCGUUAAACAGAGAGAUUCAUCCCGCGGCCGACACCGGGAGAAGGAGGACAUCAAGAUAACCAAGGAGCGCACCCCCGCCAGUGAGGAAGAGACCGCCGAGUGGGAAGCCAGUCGCGAAGACUCUGACGUCGGGGACUACGACUACGAACUCUCGCUGGAGAUGAAGCGGCAGAAGAUCCAGCGAGAGCUCCUCAAGCUGGAGCAGGAGAACCACGAGAAGAGGGAAGAGAUCGUCAUCAAGAAGAAGAAGGAGAAGGAGGAGGUGGCGGCCUCCACCAUCACCACCAGCUCCUCCACCGCCGCCAACUCCAAGACUCGAACCGGCAACCCCAGCACCACCACCACCAAGGGGUCUCCCGAGCGCUCCAGCUCCAAGGAGUCCCCCGCCUCUAGGAAGUCCAGCGGCUCCCCCAAACACAAGGGCUCCUCCAAGGGCCCCGGCUCCGGGAAGAAGGAGAAGAAGGCGUCGGGGGCCUCCCCCCUCUCCGACUCCACCAGGUCGUCGAAGGGGGGCCACGGCAAGAAGAAGGGGCCUCGCACGCCCAGCCCGCCGCCGCCGGUCCCCACCGAGGGCCCCGUGCCGGGCAAGAAGCACAAGGGGAAGCACAAGAACAAGGAGAAGCUGGCCGAGGAGAAGCCCCCCAAGGAGGGCAAGGACCGCGGGCGGGACGCCGAGAAGCACAAGGAGAAGAAGGACAAGAGGAGGGACCGAUCCGACAGCUCCCACAAGGCCAAGCGCUCGGCCGCCUCGGAGGAACGCUCCGGAAGCCUGUCGUCCCCCAUGAGGGACCCCAGCCCCCCCUCCAGGAAGAAGUCCGCCUCCCCCACCAAGACCUCGUCCCACAAGACCCCCGGCCCGGCCUCCUCCCCACGCAGGUCCCCGUCUCCCCCACCCCGCCACCGCCACACCCCCACCCCCCCCCGCCACCACUCCCCCUCCUCCCACUCGGGCUCAUCCGCCCAGCGCCACUCGCCCUCCCCCCGGGGCCGCCGACGCGCCUCCGUCUCCCCCGGUUACCAUCGGGACGCCACCAACGCCGCCGCCGCCGCCCCCUCCUCCGGCCGAGGGGCCGGCAGCGCCACCCCCCCGGGCUCCGGCUCCAGGCGCUCGCGGUCGCCGCCCUACUCCUCGCCGUCGCAUCGCCGCGGCGAGCGCGCCAGCCCCGGGCGCCGCCAGGACCGGAGCCGCGGCGAGCGGGAACGGAGCCCCCUGCCAGCCGCCCCCCCGACCUCGGACAAGAGGAGAGAUGAGAGCCGCGGGAAGCGGGACAAGGACUCCAGCCGGGACGAGCGGGACUACGAGCCGGAGCAGAGCUCGUCCCGGGACGACCGGGAGAGCCGGGAGCAACCGCGGGAGCGCCGGGACGGGCGCGGCGACCGCGGCCGGGAGUCGACCCGGGAGCACGCCCGGGACGCCAAGGAGACGAGGGAGACCCGACCGGACCCCCGCUCGGCCCGGGAGUCCCUGGAGCGCCGGGACCGGGAGCGGGACAAGGAGCGCGAGAAGGAGCGGGAGAAGGAGAGGCCGGAGCGCAAGGAGGAGCCGGCCUCGGCGGCGGCCCAGGAGGAGAGGGGCUACGGGAGGGGCCACGGGGGGCGGGAGGAGGCCGCCCGCGGGGAGGGGAAGGCCGAGGGCCGGAGUACCGAAGCCCGGGCGGAGAGGAACGGGCGGGGCCGCGGCCGGACCGCCGACGCUCCCGCCGCCGCCGCAGAGAAAAGCUCCACCAGGACGUCCCGCGGGGCCCCGCCUGAGGGCAGCCACGACAGCUGGGAGUCCCGCAGCGGCUCGGCCCGGGAGCGCAGCACGGAGCGCACCAGCGAGCGCGGCGGCGGCGGCGGCGGCGGCGGCGGCGGCGGGAGCGCCACCGGGAGCGCCGCCGCGGAGCGGGCCCCCGAGAGGGGCUCCGACCGGCCGGCGGAGCGGGGGGACCGCUACGAGGGCGGGGACCGCCGGGGGGAGGCGUAUGAGCGGCGAGGAGGAGGAGGAGGAGGAGGGGGAGGGGGAGGAGCCAGCGGCGAGCGGGACCGGCGGGAGACCCGGGAGAGAGAUCAGAGGGCGGCUUCCCCGAGCCGACACCAGGAGCCGGAGCGCGAGGAACGCCGCGGCGACCGGGGCGAGGACCGCCGGGAGGACCGCAACCGCGACCGGGAGCGCGAGAGGGAGAGGGAGAAGGAGCGGGAGAAGGAGCGGGAACGCGAGCGGGAGAAGGAGAGGGAGCGGGAGAAGGAGAAGGAGCGCGAGGCCGAGCGGGAACGCACCCGGGAGCGCGACAGGGAGCGCGAGAGGGAGCGGGAACGGGAGCGGGAGAAGCGGGAGCGAGAGAGGGAGCGGGAGCAGGAGGAGCGCGAGAGGGAGCGCCGGGAGAGAGAGAGGGAGAGGGAGCAGCGCGAGAGAGACCGCCAGCGGGAGUGGGAGGAGCGGGAGAAGGAGCGGCGGGAACGCCGAGAGGAGCCGCGGGAGGAGAGGGCGGCGAGGGAGUCCCACGACGACCGCAAGGCCAGCCGUAAGCGGCACCGCGGCGAGAACACCCCCAGCCCGCGGCCGUCCCCCAAGCGCGCGGCGCGCGAGGCCAGCCCCGCCGACAGCGACGGCUACAACAGCGCCGAGGAGAAAAGUGAGCGCCCCAUUGGCCGGGGGCAGGCCAAGCUCCACCCACAGCCCCUCCUACCGAACCCGGUGUUCCCGCCUCCCACCUCCGACAGCGGGGAUAAGCACCGCCUCCUGAGUCAGGUGGUGCGGCCCCAUGAGCCUCUGCUGCGCACGCCGCCCCGGGCCACGCCCACUUCCUCCGACGACAAACCGGGCCGCUGGAAGGAGGAGGAGCGCCGCGGAGGGGGCGGGGCCGAGAAGAGGGACGGCCGCGGUCGCCACGACGACCCCGAGCCCCGCGGCGGCGAGCGAGGGCGUGGCCCGCCGGACGGCGCCCGCUCCGACUCCCGCGGCCGGGGGCGGGACCCGCCCCGGGACGCCAGCCCCCCUCCGCCGGCCGUCGCCGUGGCGGCCGUCGCCGCGGGCGACGACCGCGACUCGGCCGGCUCCCAGGAGAACAAGAAGAAGGGCAAGUCGGCGCGGAAGGGCCCGAAGAAGAGCGGCGGCCGCAAGGACGAAGAGGCGCCGGGCCGGGACGCCGACCCCCCCGCCGCCGCCGCCGCCGCCCAGGCUCCGCCCCCCGUCACCGAAGCCCCGCCCCCCGCCGCCCUGCUUCCGGCGCCGCUGCAGCACUCGCCGCGCAAAGGGGCGAAGAAGAAGAUGGAGAGGAAGGCCAAGCGGCCCCGCGGCGGGGGGGCGGAGUCCGACGGCUCGGCCGAGGACGACGCCCACCUGCCCCCGGGCAAGCGCCGGCGGGGGCCCCGCACCCCCCCGGGGCCCUCCCUGAGGCCGGGCCCCGCCCCGCCGCCCAAGAUGGACGCCAACUUCAGCGACUGGUCGGACGAGGAGGUGGGAGGAGGAGGAGGGGGCGGGGCCACGGAGACGGCCCCGCCCCCCCGCCCGGACCGGGGGCCGCCCCCCCCGGCCGAGCGGGCCCCCGUGGAGCUGCUCCGCCGGGGCGGCGGCCCCCGGCGCGGCCGGGAGCGGGAGCGGGGCAACGCGGCUGCCCCCGCCAUCGCCCCCCUGCUGCCCCAGGAGCCCCCCCACCUGCUGCUGCCCACCCUGCCCCCCCAGCCCCUCAUGUCCCAGCCCCUGCUGCGCAAGCCCCUCCCCGAGGGGUCCCGGGGCGUCGGGGGCGGGCUCCAGAACCGCGGGGCCCUCCCCCCCUCCUCGCGCCGCCUCCGCUCGCCGUCCGGGGAGCCGGCGGGGCGCGAGGACCCCCCGGGGGCCCGGCCCGGCGGGGGCCGCCGCGGACGCAUGCAGGGGGCCCCCCCCUCCUCCCGGGACCGGGAGCGGGCGGGGCCCGGGGAGCACGCGUUCACCGAGAGGAAGUCCCGCAUCGACCAGCUGAGGAGGGGGGAGCCCAGCCGCAGCACGUCCUCAGACCGCCAGGACUCGCGCAGCCACAGCUCCCGCCGCAGCUCCCCGGACUCGGAGCGCCAGGGCCGCUCGCGCUCGCGCGCCGGCUCCUACGACAGCCGCGAGCGCGGCGGCGCGGCCGGCGAGCGCGAGGCCUUCGACCGCAAGGAGCUGCGGCCCCCGGCCUCCUCCCAGCAGCCCCUGCUGUCCCAGCAGCCCCCCCUCCCGGUCCUCCUCCUCCAGCAGCAGCAGCAGCAGCAGCACCUGCUGCCCCCCCAGCAGCAGCCCCCUCUCCUGGGCCAGGCGCCCCUCCUCCUCCAGCCCCUCCCCCCCCCCCACCAGAACCCCCGCGACUGGGACCGCGACUGGCCGGGCCAGGGCCUGGCCCCCCACGGGCUGGCGGCGGCGCGCGGCCGCGAGCCGCUGCUGAUGCGGCCGGGCCGGGAGCCCCUCCUCCGGGACCUCCGGGAGCGGGAGCGCCUGCUGCCCGAGGGGCUGAUCCAGCAGCACGAGCGGGAGCGGGAACGGGAGCGGGAGAGGGACGCCCGCGGGGAGAGGGGCGGGCCGGGGGAGCGCGGCGGCGGCGGCGGCGGCGGCGGCGACAGGGAGCGUGACCGCAUGAUGAUGAUGAUGAUGGAGAUGGCGCCGCACGGGGAUCCGCGGGCGCCGGGGCGCGGCGAGGGCGUGAUGAUGAUGAUGCGGCCCGAGCGGCCCGAGUACGAGCCGCUGCUGCCCCGGGAGGCCUUCAGCGGCGAGGGGGAGAAGCCCGGGAACAGCCACCAGCCCGGAGGCGGGGAGGCGGCGGCGGACAGGGCCGACAGCGUUGACGGGGAUGACGACCCCAAGGAAGACGACAGCCAAUCGGUGGUCUCCGGGGGCGAGGAGUACGAGCCAAUCAGUGACGACGAGCUGGACGAGAUCCUGGCCGGCAGCCAGAAGAAAGAGGACCAGCAGGACGACGAGAAGAUCACAGGCCCCCUGGACGUGAUCGACGUGGACUGGUCCAGCCUGAUGCCCAAGCAGAAGGCCGAGGCCCGGGCGGCGGGGGCCGCCCUCCUGCGCUUCACCCCCGGCGCCGUGCUGCUCCGGGCGGGCAUCUCCAAGCGCCUGGCCGGGCCCCGGCUCCUGGAGCAGGUCCGAGAGGUCUGCCGGGGCGAGCUGGAGGACCCCAAAGACGCCGACAAGCUCUUCGAACACGACCUGGGGGCCCUCAACAUGGCCGCCCUCAACCGGCGGGUGGAGAGGGCGGGGUUGCUAAGCAACCUGGGCCCCUGCUGCAAGGCCCUGUGCGCCCGUCGGGACUUCGCCAUUCGCCGGCAGCUGCUGAAAAACGACAAGGGUCUGAUCAAGCAGAUGUACCCCGUGACCCCCGGCCUGGACACGGAACUCAUGCAGCUCAGCAUGCGUCUCUUCCGGAGGAGCAUGUCUGCCCACGCCGCCGCCGCCGCCACCCCCACCACCCCCGCCACGCCAACCCCCACCACCCCGACAACCGCCGUCACCCCGACCGACAAGACCGACGGAGCAGCCCCGCCUCCGGCCGCCACCGACGCCCCCACCUCACCACCACAGACACCGCCCGAGGCAGACGAGGAGGCGGCGGCGGCGGCCACCGGGAGCGGCCAACCGGGCGCCGUGCCGACGGAGAUAUCUGUCUCCUGAACCGAUUAGACGCCUUUUUAGUAUUGAAUCUUUUCUUUUCUUUUUUAUAUACGUGUGUGUGUGUGUGUGUGUGUGUGUGUGGCCCAUUCGCCUACACACCCGCUAAGCGAUCGCUUCGUUACAUAGGCUCUUUGUUUGUUUUUGGUUUUUAUUAAUCGCGUCGCAAAACAACGUUUUGUGAGCUAUUUACAUACAGUCAGUGCUUAUAACUUUUUUCAUUUUGUGUGCGGCUGAGAGUCCAGUGUAGCUGAGCCAUGAGACUUGGGGCCCGUGUGGAGGUCGUGUACAAUGAACUACAGCGAAGAGAGAAGCGAGAGGCUGCGGAAAUUAGACGGCGGUGGAUUUGUGUUCAGGAGAUUUUAGAAAACCCCGGGUGCAAUGCAUCUCUCGCCGCGUGAAAUGAUCUGUUUUCUGUGUCCCUCUGUGUUGUGCAUUGGAUACUUAAUCUGUGCAUUAAAAUGGUUAGAUGUUUGAGUGUU